UCAGUAAAUCAAGGCAUUCAUCCAUAUCCUAAGCCUGCUAGAGGAACGGUCAAACGACACCAGAACCUGCCUCAGAAAAUAAACCCUAAUCGCAAGCAUUUUGUGCAGCGCUGGCGAAUGAAACGCAGCUAUAAUGGGUGUUUAUAACAAGAAAGGAACUAUUAAGAACUUAAUCAUCAGUCUUUUUUGAUUUUUGCUGCUGGUUGCAGACGUCAUUUGAGAAUUGGCAUCGUGCAGGAUUUCUAUGGUGUUCUAGACGUGUAUUGUGGAUAAAUAACGAAGAAACAUUUUGUGGGAUUGAAUCGCAACAGCUUCAACCAUGUCUGGCGCCUCAGUGAAAGUGGCUGUCAGAGUUCGGCCCUUCAACUCAAGGGAGACCGGCAAAGAAUCAAAAUGCAUUAUACAGAUGCAAGGGAACUCCACCACUAUUUUGAACCCCAAGAACCCAAAGGAACCCAAAACCUUCAGCUUUGACUACUCCUACUGGUCUCACACCUCACCGGACGACCCCAGCUUUGCGUCACAAAACCAAGUCUACAAUGACAUCGGGAAAGAGAUGCUGCAGCAUGCUUUUGAAGGAUAUAACGUCUGCAUUUUUGCAUAUGGCCAGACUGGAGCUGGCAAGUCCUAUACCAUGAUGGGAAAGCAAGAGGAAGGACAGGAAGGCAUUAUUCCUCAGCUCUGUGAAGAACUCUUCGAAAAAAUCAAUGACAAUAACAAUGAGGAGAUCUCGUACUCGGUGGAGGUGGCUUAUAUGGAGAUAUACUGUGAGCGGGUGAGGGACUUGCUGAACCCUAAGAACAAAGGGAACCUUCGUGUCCGGGAGCAUCCUCUACUUGGGCCGUAUGUUGAAGACCUCUCGAAACUGGCUGUCACCUCGUACACCGACAUAGCUGACCUGAUGGAUGCUGGUAACAAAGCCAGAACUGUCGCUGCAACCAACAUGAACGAGACGAGCAGUCGUUCUCACGCCGUCUUUACUAUCGUUUUCACUCAGAGGAAGUACGACAGCGAGACGGACCUCUCCACCGAGAAGGUCAGCAAAAUCAGCCUGGUGGAUCUGGCAGGAAGUGAGCGUGCUGACUCAACAGGGGCCAAAGGAACCAGACUAAAGGAGGGAGCAAACAUCAAUAAAUCUUUAACUACACUAGGAAAGGUGAUUUCUGCCCUGGCUGAGGUGGAUAACUGUACCAGCAAGAGCAAGAAGAAAAAGAAGACCGACUUCAUUCCUUACCGAGACUCAGUGUUGACAUGGCUGCUAAGAGAGAAUUUAGGAGGCAAUUCGAGGACCGCAAUGGUGGCUGCACUGAGCCCUGCUGACAUCAACUUUGAUGAAACGCUCAGCACACUCCGAUAUGCGGACAGAGCCAAGCAGAUCAAGUGCAAUGCUGUCAUCAACGAGGACCCCAAUGCCAAACUGGUGCGGGAGCUGAAGGACGAGGUGUCACGGCUGAAGGAGCUACUCCGUGCCCAAGGCCUCGGGGACAUCCUGGACAUCGAGCCAAUGGGGGAUGAUUGCCUUGGAAGUGGAAGCAAAUGUGACGAUAUUAACGAUGUUAAAACGCUGCUAAGUUCACAAACUGAAGCAAUGCUCUAUCGGAGAAAAGCACCCAUGGGCUGUCUGACAGCCUCUCCAUCUUCAGGCUCUCUCUGCAGCCAGGCAGGCCUACAGUCCGUCUCCAGCAUCCAGGAGCGCAUCAUGUCCACGCCAGGCGGAGAAGAGGCCAUCGAGAGGCUCAAGGAAUCAGAAAAGAUCAUAGCCGAGCUGAAUGAGACCUGGGAAGAGAAGCUGAGGAAGACCGAGGCCAUCCGUAUGGAGAGAGAGGCGCUGCUGGCAGAGAUGGGAGUUGCCAUACGGGAGGACGGGGGAACCCUGGGCGUCUUCUCUCCUAAAAAGUUUGGUCCUGAUAGACCAACGUCACUGUCCAUUGAGGACUUUAGUGUUUAUUCUUCCAAUCAGCUUUUCGUUGAAAGGCCCUGUGAAGUCUAUACUGACUUUAAUGGGGUGUUUUCACCCAAAAAGACGCCUCACCUGGUGAACCUGAACGAGGAUCCUUUGAUGUCAGAAUGUCUGCUCUAUUAUAUCAAAGAUGGAAUAACAAGGGUGGGCCAGGCAGAUGCUGAAAGAAGACAGGAUAUCGUUCUAAGUGGAGCUCACAUUAAAGAGGAGCACUGUAUUUUCCGCAGUGAGAGGAAUGCCAAUGGACAUGUGAUUGUCACGUUGGAGCCAUGUGAGGGAUCAGAAACAUAUGUAAAUGGUAAACGUGUGAAUUCUGCGGUCCAGCUGCGCUCAGGUAACCGCAUUAUCAUGGGAAAGAACCACGUGUUCCGGUUUAACCACCCUGAGCAGGCUCGCGCUGAGCGUGAGAAGACCCCGUCAGCAGAGACACCUGUAGAACCUGUUGACUGGACUUUUGCCCAAAGAGAACUGCUGGAGAAACAGGGUAUCGACAUGAAGCAAGAGAUGGAGAAGAGGCUUACAGAAAUGGAGAUCCUGUACAAAAAAGAGAAGGAGGAAGCGGACCAGCUACUGGAGCAACAGAGACUGGUGUAUGAGAGCAAACUGCAAGAGCUGCAGAAACAAGUGGAGACUCGUUCUUUGGCUGCAGAGACUCCAGAUGAGGAGGAAGAAGAAGAGGAGGAGGAUGAAGUGCCCUGGACCCAGCAUAAAUAUGAGCUGGCUCAGUGGGCUUUCAGGAAGUGGAGAUACCACCAGUUCACCUCCCUCAGAGACCAAUUAUGGGGCAAUGCUGUGUACCUCAAAGAAGCCAAUGCCAUCAGUGUGGAGCUCAAGAAAAAGGUCCAGUUCCAGUUCGUCUUGCUCACAGACACCCUCUAUUCUCCACUGCCCCCGGAGCUGCUGCCUCCAGAGCCAGAGAAAGAGCGAGACGCCAGGCCUUUUCCGAGAACAGUGGUGGCUGUGGAGGUUCAGGACCUGAAGAAUGGAGCCACUCACUACUGGUCCCUGGAGAAGCUGAAGCAGAGGCUGGACCAGAUGCGAGAGAUGUACGACCGUGCUGGCGAAAUGGCCUCGUCCAAUCAGGGAGAUGAUGGGGAGGGUGCGUUGACCGGCAGUGACCCGUUCUAUGACCGAUUUCAUUGGUUUAAGCUGGUUGGGAGCUCACCUAUUUUUCAUGGCUGUGUGAACGAGCGUCUGGCCGACCGCACACCAUCGCCCACCUUCUCCACCACCGAUUCGGAGAUCACUGAGCUGGCCGACGAGCGACAGAGCGAGAUGGAGGACUUUAUGGAUGACGAGGCUUUCGUGGAUGACACCAGCUCAGAUGCUGGAACCGAGGAGGGCUCGGACAUCUUCAGUGAUGGCCAGGACCCCUUCUAUGAUCGUUCUCCAUGGUUCAUCCUGGUGGGCAGAGCCUUCGUGUACCUGAGUAACCUGCUGUACCCUGUUCCUCUGGUGCAUCGAGUCGCUGUAGUGACAGAGAAAGGAGAUGUGCGAGGAUUUCUGCGUGUGGGGGUCCAGGCCAUCGCCGCGGAUGAAGAGGCACCUGAUUAUGGGUCUGGUGUGCGUCAGUCAGGAACUGCUAAGAUUUCCUUUGAUAAUGAGUAUUUUAAAAAGAAUGACUUCACCUCAGUGGCCAUGACCCGCUCUGGUCUCUCUCUGGAGGAGCUGCGCAUUGUAGAAGGUCAAGGUCAGAGUUCAGAGGUCAUUACGCCUUCAGAGGAGAUGAACAGAAUCAAUGAAAUGGACCUAAAGCUGGGGAACGUGGACACAAAACUGGGAGACGGUUUGGCCGAGCAUCUGGAAGUGGGCAGCAUUUUCACUUUCCGCGUCACCGUUCUGCAGGCAAGCGGCAUCCCGGCCGAAUACGCAGACAUCUUCUGCCAGUUCAAUUUCCUCCACCGUCACGAUGAGGCGUUCAGCACUGAGCCUCUGAAGAACACUGGCAGAGGAGCCCCGCUGGGCUUUUACCACGUACAGAAUAUCUCAGUGGAGGUGACAGAGUCCUUCAUUGAGUACAUAAAGACCAAGCCAAUUGUAUUUGAAGUGUUUGGCCAUUACCAGCAACACCCACUGCACAUUCAUGGACAGGAUGUGGUCAGCCCUUCUCAGCCUUCCAGAAAGUACUAUCCUCCACCAAUGCCUCUGUCUAAACCAGAUCACGCUCGUAAGAUUGAGCUUAUCCGUUACCUGAUGAGCGGGUAUGUUCAUGGUCAGGUGUUGGACACAUUGUCAGAGCAUGCCAACGCUUUGGCCUCCACCGCCGUGGCCAGUCUGGAGGAAGGGGCAUAUGAGCUGUGCCACUUCCCCUUCCUCCCCAUACCCAACUGCCCCGUCUUCAGAGUGCCCCGACACGACGUGCCAGCCACCAAACUGAACACCAUCACCAAGUCCAACCUGGGUCAGUGUGUGAGCAAGUACGACUUGCUGGCCUGGUUUGAGAUCAGCGAACUGGAGCCCACUGGAGAGUAUAUUCCAGCAGUAGUGGAUCAUACAGGAGGUCUUCCCUGUCAUGGCACAUACCUGCUGCACCAGGGCAUCCAGCGCAGAAUAACAGUGACUCUGAUCCAUGAGAAGGGAAGUGAGCUGCACUGGAAGGACGUCCGAGAGCUGGUGGUCGGUCGAAUCAGGAAUAAGCCAGAAGUGGAUGAUUCAGCCGCAGACGCCGUCUUGUCUCUCAACAUCAUCUCAGCUAAAAACCUCAAAUCCUCCCACAACUCCAGCAGCCUUUGUAUUGAUAGCGAUAUUUCUAGGACGUUCUACCGGUUUGAGGCCGUGUGGGACAGUUCUCUGCACAACUCUCUCCUACUGAACCGCGUCACUCCAUACGGAGAGAAGAUCUACAUGACCCUGUCUGCCUAUCUGGAGCUCGAUCACUGCAUCCAGCCUGCUAUCAUCACCAAGGACAUCUGUAUGGUCUUCUACUCCAGAGAUGCCAAGAUCUCGCCUCCUCGCUCGCUGAGAAACUUGUUUGGCAGCGGCUACUCCAAAACCCCGGACUGUAAUAAAGUGACUGGAGUCUAUGAGCUGAGCUUGUGCAAGAUAGCAGACACCGGAAGCCCAGGUAUGCAGCGGCGCAGACGGAAGGUUCUGGACACGUCAGUGGCAUAUGUGCGUGGAGAGGAGAAUCUGGCCGGCUGGAGACCCCGAGGAGACAGUCUGAUCCUGGAGCACCAGUGGGAGCUGGACAAAAUGGAGCAGCUGCAUGAGGUGGAAAAGACGCGUCACUUGCUUCUGCUGCGUGAGAAGCUGGGAGAAACACCUCCACCUAAAUCUCUGAGCGAGUCUCUGUCCCCCAGCCUGAGCAGCGGGACCCUCAGCACCUCCACCAGCAUCUCCUCCCAGAUCUCCUCCACAACUUUCGAGAGUGCCAUCACCCCCAGCGAAAGCAGCGGCUAUGACUCCACGGACAUCGAGAGCUUGGUGGAUCGAGAGAAGGAGCUGGCCACUAAGUGCCUCCGUCUCCUGACACACACUUUCAACAGUGAAUACAACCAAAUGUGCAACAGCAUUAGUGACUGCAAGUUUUCAGAUAUCUCUCCUAUGGGUCGGGAUCCAUCAGUCAGUAGUUUCAGCAGUGCCACCCUCACACCCUCCUCCACCUGCCCCUCGCUCUCAGACUCCAGGACCCCUGAAGCAAACUCUCGUGCAACCAGCCCCUCAGGCUCAGACUAUGAGAACUUCCCCAUGGUGCCCAUUCUGGAGACGUCCUACCUGGCCCGCGCCGGCAAACACGAGUUCCUCAACCUUGUGCCUAACAUAGAGGAAAUGAGGCCUGGGUCUGUGGUGUCCAAGAAGGGCAUCUUGAAUUUCAUGGAGCCCCGCUCGAACACCUGGGUGAAGCACUUUGUGGUGGUGCGUCGGCCGUAUGUGUUCAUCUACAACAAUGACAAGGACCCUGUGGAGAGAGGAGUGCUGAACUUAUCCACUGCACAGGUGGAGUACAGUGAAGACCAGCAGGCCAUGCUCAAGACGCCUCAUACAUUUGCCAUGUGCACCAAACACAGAGGAAUCCUGCUUCAGGCCAACAAUGACAAAGACAUGAACGACUGGCUGUAUGCCUUUAACCCACUGCUAGCAGGAACAAUAAGGUCGAAGCUUGCAAGGAGACGGUCUGGUGUGAUGAAGAACUGAGUGAUCACACACACACACACAUGCAGAGAUAGUGCUCUUUUUCUCUCUGUCUACCUUUACAGCGUACCAAGUGUGUUAACACUUCUAAAUCUUUGUGCUUCUUGACGGUUUCUCUUGUAUGUAGACCUGUGGCUCUGUUCUCCUCUCCAGCAAAUGAACUUUCAGUUCCUCUUCUCCUCCUCCUCCUCCCUCUCUAUUGUGUUAUUAUUGAUCGGAUUUAUUCUGUCUUCAGUUUUCGUUCUUUGUCAUAACUGAACCUCCUUCGAGUUGCAUGUUGUAAUAGUCUGUUUGUGUGUGCACGAAUCUUCAGAGCAGGUUCUGCUUCUCUUCAGUUCAUUUUUACAGUGUUGUCUGCCAGGAACAUCUUACCCACAACCCUCAGGAGAAAGUCAGUUUGCUAUAAACCCCUAUGGCAUUAAGGUUGAAGAAAAUAAAUAAGAAUAGUAUAAUAAUAUAUCAAAUAUUCCACAUUUAAAGGUUUAAAAAAAUCAACUUUCUCUCACAAAUAGCGUUGCUCCAAAUAGCGCAGAAAAAAAUUGAAUUUUCAGAUGGACCAAAGCACUUCUUCGAGAUGCUUAAUUUUCUAAAAGAGGCUGAAAUUGACUAUUAAACUGAAUGUUCUCGCAGUAUUGGAUUUGCUAAAUCAAAGCUAGCAAUGAUAGUGGGUAUGUUGACCGUGUACAUACAGCCCAUUGGCCCAGCCUGAUGCAGUGUAUUUGCUUGACAUAAAUUCCACAUAUGAAGGACGUAAAACACGCCAUUUAGCAAAGUGCAGUAUCUAAUCAUGAUGUACAUGAAGGAAAGAUGACCAUGAGCUCUCAUAUCACUCUUUCAGUAGCCUACAGGAAUAUUCUGCUCGAUUUCCUCAGUAGAUUAGCUUAAGAAAAUAAAAUGGUGCAAAAGAAUUACCUUAGACACACAGAACAACUGACCGAAUGAAUCCCAUUUGUACAUAACCUUCAGGAUUACUGCGCUUAUCGCUCUUCAUGAGUUUCUGUCCUUACUGUAUUACUGGAAUGCCAUUUUUGGCGGGCUGUUCGUCUCAUCUGAAGUGAGAUGCUGAUUUGAUUGGUUACGGUUACGCAGAUAUUCACAUUUGCAGAGGAAUUUCCGAUCAGCAGGAUCAUUAAACCAGCCUUUUUGAAGAAGAGUAGGACUUUUAAAUAUGAGUGCGCAUUUACCACAUAUCUCUUAACUUAUUUUUAUUAACAAGCGAUCAGUGUUUUACAUUAUACAAACGAAGACAAGAAGGGCACUUUUUCCUCAUUUAUAGUCUUAUUUAUUUACUCGGACCACUAAAAGCGUUUCAUCACUGUCAGUGGAUGUAAACUGGGCCACUUGUGCAGUUCACUGCGGCGCAGUGAGGGAAAAGGGAUGGUAUGUUGUCUAAUUUUAAUAGUUGACUAGAUGAAAAAACCUUUAAAUGCUGUCUGAAAUUGUCCUUUAAAAUAAGCAUUUUUUCAGGCUCCUGUGUGUGUUCAGUAAUAUCACGUUUAUGGCAAAGAAUAAGUCCGUUUCCUGGUCUUUAAAGGACAUCACAAACAAAGGAAGCUGGAAAAAUGUUGAUUUUCGAUGGAAAUUUCAGACGGCACUUAGAGGCUGAAGAACUCUUCAGUGUUUCUUUUGAAGAUCUUUACCUUGUAUGUUUGAACACAUGCAGUUUAGAUGUAAGUGCUGAAGUUAGCAGUGAUCCAGUUUGAUUUUCGGCAAACAACAUUCCUCUGGCCAGACAACCAGCAGGAACUGAUGACUGCUACAGAAGUGCUGAUCACUGAUAUGAAGUCAAUAAGCUCGCUUUAGUGCAUUUUCACAGGAAACGCAUGAAAACGACUCUGAAUCUCUGAAAGUCCUCGGGUCAGCCAGCCUGCAGGCCUCAUCGGAGCUGUUGGAUUGUUAAGAAAUCUGUGAAAAUGUUCUGAUUUGGCACAUAAGGAGCAUGGAGAGUUAAUGAAGGUUAGCGUUUAUCUAAUUUUAUGAGUUAAUGUUACUUUUUUGGCCAGAGCAAAGGUUUUCUGAUAUAUUUUUAACAAUCUUUGUUGAGUGGCUUCACUGACUAAUGUGACAUUCAUAAUGAAUUUCCAUUAACUGUAUUUAUUGUUUUGCAAUGUAUAUAUUAGUUUGCAGCUCUUUGCACAUAAUAUGCGUUUAUACAAACUAACAACAGAACAAAUAAAGCUUGAAUUAUGUUUUUUGUUUUCUGGAAUGGAAACCAAAUGGAGUGUGGUGUUUAUGGAAAUGGACUUUGAAUGUAUUUUGAGUUCCACUAAAUGCAUGAAUUAUCUGAUGAGAUAUGACAAAUAUAGGGACUGACAUGUUGCUGUGCUUCUUAUUUCUUGAAAUAGGAAAUGGAUGAUGUUACAUGGGCACUUUUUCCACAUUUAGUCUAGAGUUGCGAUGAGGCUUGUGCGUUUUAAUUUCUAACAUCAGGGAAUAUGUUUUCUAAAAAUAUAGCAUUGUUUUACUGGCACGGUCAUUUCUCUCUUUCUUUUUUUCCGCUCACUCAUGCAUUUUUUUCUCCCAUGCUGCCUUUGAAGCAACCCUGGCAUUACUGUAUCACCUCACGUUUCCAGAUGAACAUCGUUCCCUCUCAUUGUGAUGAAACGACAGAAACAGUUUAGCUGUGGCAUUAACACUGUACAUUAUUUGUCAGAUUGGCUUCAUUUUCAUACUUAUUUUGUAAAUAUUUCAUGUUGUAUGGAACUUGGAUUAAAAUGUAAAUAUGUCUCCUGUAUUUGUAAUAAUUAUAAUCCAUUCGCUGUAUAGCCUAGACGUGUAAUGCAUAUAUCUUAAUUCUGUGUAUGGUAAUCUUGCACCAUUGACCUGUUUAGUGAAUGAGGUAAAAAAAUAAAAUUACAACCAGUGCAUUAGACAGAG